UGCAGAGAUGAGCAAAAAACAUCAGGGCUACCGGUGUUCUGACAAAACGUCCUACACACCGGGAGCAGCUACCUCUGCUUACCACAAACACACGUCUCCGUUGCGUUGUGCCUAUCAGUACCCACACAGCGGAUAUAUGUGCGCAAUACAUCGCUGUGCUGUCUGGGAAAUCAACAAGCGGUUAACUUUCGGAGGAAGUGAAUAACCGACGGUUACGCAGAGAAGAAAGCAGCGAUGCCUGAGUCAACCGAGCAUGUGGAAGAGGCAAAUACGUCUCCUAUGUGUCCCCCCAACGAGGACAUUGAGGACGAGGACGUUGUGGGGGCAAAUACGUCUCCUAUGUGUCCCCCCAACGAGGACAUUAAGGACGAGGACGUUGAGAGCGCAAAAACGAGAGCAAAACGAAAACGCCUGGCCAAAGUUCUCCGCGUAUUAGUAGCAGUUGGCUUAUUUGUAGUUGGUCUAAUUGUAGGUGCUCUAGUAGCUGGUCUACUAGCUGAUUAUUAUGGGUAUUGGAAGGGUAGAAGUGAGUGUAAGGACACCAGUGCUAAUUGCCCUUUCUCAAAAGCUGCUGUGGCCGCAGACUCCUGGAAUUGUUCAGAGAUUGGACGGAACAUUCUUCAGAAAGGCGGCUCUGCAGUAGAUGCUGCCAUUGCUGCGCUGUUGUGCACCUCCAUCAUCAACCCACAGUGCGCGGGCAUCGGAGGCGGGGUCAUAUUCACUGUGAUGGACAGCUCCGGUAAAGUGAAAAUCAUCAACUCCAGAGAGACUGUCCCCAGAAAUGUGAACUCUGACCUGCUUAAGUUGUGUCGUAAAACCACAGAGUGGACCAUGGAGUGGCUGGAAGAUAGCAGAUGGAUUGGGGUUCCUGGGGAAAUUCGAGGUUAUGAAGCGGCACACCGGCUUUAUGGGAAGUUGCCGUGGGCCGACCUCUUUCAGCCGACCAUCAAAUUAGCCAGAGGAGGAUUCCCUAGAUACAAAAUGGAAUCAGAACCUAAUACUACUGAUGAAAAGAUUUUGUUUUAUCACCGUUAUAUUGAAGCUUUAAAAUUUGCCAAUGGAUUAAAGAAACAUAUCAGAGAUCCAAACUUCAGCUCAGAUAAAAUGGCAAAGAAUUUGACAGAGGAUAGCUUUGCCAACCACAUACGGAGCUUGAUCAGCAGCGACAAGACUCACGAUCCCCAGUAUUACGGCAAAAACUCAUAUCUGGACAGCAUCGGCACCACACAUGUAUCUGUGCUGGCUGAAGAUGGAUCUGCUGUGUCUGUCACCAGCAGCAUCAACGAUGAAUUUGGGUCCAAUGUCCUCUCUUCAAGCACUGGAAUCAUCCUCAACAACCACCUAAAUGACUUCUGUGGUAGAGCUCAUAACAUCUUUCAUGGCGAGCGGCCUCCCUCCAAUAUGGCGCCAUCUGUGCUGAAGUCUCCGUCGAAGACGCUGGUGAUUGGAGGGUCUGGUUCUGAAAUGAUUCCACCGGCUGUGGCCUCGGCGCUCAUGAACCACCUUUGGUUUGGAAAGAGUCUUAAGGAGGCAAUUGAUACUCUGGUUGUUCUUGUAGACUCUCAAAGUGAAGUAAAACUUGAAUCCAAGCUUGAAAAGGAUGUAGUUGAUGGUCUUGAAGCUCUGGGACACAAAGUAGCAAAAUUCUACAACACAGUUAACGCUGUGGAAAAAGCGGGCAACUGUAUCUCUGCAUGGUCUGAUAAAAGGAAAAAAGGCAAAGCUGCUGGUUACUGAGACCAAGAGUCAGUGAUGUCAGUUAUACAGCAUGGCUUUAAGGUUAUGAUAGCAGAGCUGGACAUGGCAUAUUAUGUUUAAGUGGAAGCUAGCGAGCUAACUUCCUGCUAACUUCUAACUCU